AGUGAUAAAAAUACCUGGUAACUCUAUUUAAAUAAGCUAAAAUAUCAAAGAAAAGUAGAGUUUCUGGUUCUUUAUUGUAUAUUAUAUUGUUUAAGCCUUUGGCAUUCCCAAAAUCUUUGAUAGCCAGUGCAGGAUUUGCGUUGUUAAUGGACAAGCAUAAUUUGGACGGCGAUGAAGCCGUCCGAUCGACGAAUGACGAUGCAAGUAUCUGCAAAAGAUUUGCAAUUCACUUGGGGUACUGGUCUGAUCCAUAUUUGCCUCUUUUGGUACGAAACACUGAAAGGAAGACACCUGAAAUAAAUCGGGGAUAUUUUGCAAGAGUUAUGGGCAUCACAAAUAUAAUUGAAAAAUUUAUAAAGGCCAUGGAAGGAAAUUGCCAAAUUGUUAAUUUUGGAGCUGGAUUUGACACUCUAUAUUGGAAGCUGCUUGAUGCAGGUCUAUUGGUGAAAAAGUUUGUAGAAAUUGAUUUUGCGAAUGUUACUUCACGCAAAUGCCACUACAUUAGGAAUAAUGACAAGUUGAUCCAAGGACUCCAUUGUGAUGAUGAGGAAAUAAAAUACAGCACCAGUGAAUUGCAUUCUGGGGUCUAUCACUUGGCCGCGGCUGAUCUCCGCAAAUUAUCAGAAGUCGAGUCCAAACUUGCGGACUGUUCCCUGGAAUACAAUGUGCCGACGCUUUUCCUUUUCGAGUGUGUUUUGGUCUAUAUGCCCAUAGAAUACAGCCAUGCCAUUUUGCAAUUUAUUGCGGACAAAUUCUCCACCACCUUCUGCGUCAAUUACGAGCAGGUCAACAUGACUGACAGAUUCGGUGAUGUCAUGUUAUCUAACUUGAGAUCCAGGGGUUGUUCUCUAGCAGGAGUUAAGGCUUGCGCAUCACUUAAAACACAAGAAGACCGAUUUAUUCUUAACGGAUGGGAUGGAGCCCGAGCGUUAGAGAUGAAUCAAGUCUAUCACAGUCUAAUAUCACCCCUCGAAAUUCAAAGGAUAGAAAGAAUUGAAUUUCUUGAUGAGAAAGAAUUAUUAGAUCAACUAUUUCAUCAUUAUUGCAUCUGCGUCGCAUGGAAAGAUAGUCUCGAUUUCAAGUUAAACUUGCUAACCAUUCACUAAUCGUGAGAAAAAGAGAAAAAACGUGUGCUAAAAACUAUUAAGUUGACGCAUUUCAUAUACACAUCUAUGAAGAGUAAACGAAACGUUCAAUGACUGAUGUUACUAAC